GCUUUUCAAGACAGCCUUCAAUUCCACAAGUGAGUUGUACCGCUUGUUCAUCUGCAAGUGAGUAGACUGAUGCCGCGGUGCAGGAUCGCAGGUGCGGGCCAGACCGGGUGCCCCACCCACAUGGUAGCUCUGGCAGCUGUCAUGGCUGGCAAGAAAGUUUGGCAGAACUCGGCAGCAAGAUGGCCUUCCACCUGUGUACAUCCGGGCCAUAGGUACACUAGAUAGUCCUCAGCCAUUGCCAGGCUCUAGCCGGGAAAAAGGCGAAGGCGCCCGACUGGGGACUGGACAGCGGCACGAUGGCGAGCCACACCUCACGAAGAAAGCACGGCCGGAAAGUGAGCAGAGAGCGGAAAGUGUGGAACCGACCUCAGCAAACCUCUCACGCCAAUUGCGUCCUAUUCCUAUUGAUCACUCCCCCACGAUCAAUUGCCGCCUGAAUAUCAAGUGGUCAACCCCGGGCCACUCCUCUCCAGCAGGUCUCUCCCUCGUCAAAUAUCCAUCUCAACAUGCUGUCCAGAGCUGCCCGCCCGGCCCUGAGAGCUGGAGCCGCCGUCUCGUCCCGAGCGGCUGCUCCCGGCGCGGCCACCUUCGCGACUCUCCGUGAAAUCGAGACCCGCCUCAAGUCGAUUCGCAACAUCGAGAAGAUCACCAACACCAUGAAGAUUGUUGCCUCGACCAAGCUCAACCGCGCCCAGCGUGCCAUGACCGAGUCCCGCGGCUACGGUGCCACCAGCAACGAGGUCUUCACCUCGGCCGAGACUAAGCCUCUCGAGGCUGAGGGCAAGAAGAAGCUCGUCGUCGUCUGCUCCUCCGACAAGGGUCUCUGCGGUGGUGUCCACUCCGGUCUUGCGCGCUUCAUCCGUCGCCGCGCCGCCACCGAGCCUGAGUUCGACAUCGUCAUCAUCGGCGAGAAGGCCAAGGCCCAGCUCUCCCGUACCAACGCCAAGGACAUCGUCCUCAACUUCUCCGGUGUUGGCAAGGACAUCCCCACCUUCGUCGAGGCCUCUGCCAUCGCCGACCAGAUCACCCAGCUCAAGGGCGACUACUCUUCCGUUGAGAUUGUCUACAACAAGUUCAUCAACGCCACCAGCUACGAGCCCACCGUCAUUGAGGCAUUUUCUGAGGAUGCCAUCCUCGCUUCCCCCAACUUUUCCGCUUUUGAGGUUGAUGAAGAGGUCCUUGGCAACCUCCGCGAGUACGCCCUCGCCAACUCCCUCUACUGGGCUCUCUGCGAGGGUCACGCCUGCGAGAUUUCUGCCCGUCGCAACGCCAUGGACAACGCUUCCAAGAACGCCGGCGAGAUGAUCAGCAAGUACCAGAUUCUCUUCAACCGUACUCGCCAGGCCGUCAUUACCGGCGAGUUGGUCGAAAUUAUCACUGGUGCCACCGCUUCGGCCGAUAUGUAAACAGCAGCCUAAACAACCGCAGUCUAUUAAUAGAAGACGAAGAUGUAUUGAGGGAAAAGGAGAGGGGACCUGAGUAAAAGAAAAGGGUCCAAAGCCGAAAUCCAUCAUCCCUGUCUGCACUCUCAGUUGACAUUCAACCAUGCCGUUCGAAAGUGUACGAGUAUGCGUGGUGUGUGGUAUGUCUAGUCCUGGUCCAAAAAGCUGCGUGCCAAAUGCCUUCCUUUGUACCAAUCAAAUGAGCUAGCCUUUCCUUUAUUGUACCAACGCCUUCAGUCCAUAAAUUGUACCACUUCUUUCACACA